UACGCUCUCGACGACAAGCCGAUUAGUCUUUAUCUAGAUUUCAUUACGUCGGCUAUCUGCACACCUGAAUGAUACAGCAUCAUUAGACUUGCACGAUUAAAAGAUUUUAAGGAUUGCGAUUUAUGUUUUUCUGCUAUCUGUUUAAAAUAGAAUUGUGUGUCCAAUCCAAUUUUGUGACUUGAUUUUUUUUUUAACAUUUUUUUUUCUGCGAAACACAUCGUUGAAUUAUAAACCAGCAUGUGUCAAUCAGGCUACUCCAACGGAUAUAAAAAGUAAAAGAGGACCCGAAACUGCAUUCAAACUUUUCAGAUUGACUAUACACUUGGAUACCAGAUCAAGGCUUCCUUACUUUUAUUGGAUGGAGACCCGUUGCGCUGAAGUAUUGGUUUUCGCGCAUCAUUACAUCGUUCCAUUGUGUUUGUGGAUUUCGAGCGAUUGAAAGACAUUGUUUUCUAUGAUUUGACGUUCCCUGAGUGUCUCUUUUAAUGCAUAGCCAACAUUUUGUGCGUCUGUCUAUCAUUUCUCGCUCAAAGAUUACAAACGUCAGUCUGCAGGCGACUAUACGAUUAUCUCACUGACCAGGAGCGUUUGAACGAUCGUCCUGGCCAGAGUGGACAGUACCCACUCAUGCGUACCUCGGAGGGAAUUUAAAACCAAGAUUCUGACGGCUGGAGCUCAGAUAACAGGUUUCCCUCCAAGAGUGGUGUGCCAAGAAAGAAGGGGGAAACAAAUGCUUUGAGGAAUCACCCUGAAAGAAGUAAACGGGAUACAAUGGUGUUGCCGUAUUUAUUGAGAGGAAGAUAUUCAUGCAACAAGAGUAGGAGAGUUGAGACUUACCAGAAGGAAGGGCAUAGUGGGAUGCCUAUUCCUUUGAGUUGUUGUGAAGGAAAAAACAAAACUCUUACUGCUAGGAAAUAAUUCACACAACUCAGCCUAAUAAUUUUACAUCCAAAGUGAUGUGAGGGACUGCAUUUAACACUGAUAACUUGACAUCUGCUUUUUGCCUUAUUGUUGAGGUAGUGUAACCAUCUCGACCACCACUCAAACCUGACUGUUAUUCAUUUGAGAUGGAUGGUAUGGGACAAGGCGUGGGGUCAGCGGGUUCCCAAAACAGAGGCGCCGAACAGCACGGCAAGAGUACCCUUCCUCUCCGAGGGUUCGGUCUGUCCGGGGUCUCCCUAAAAGGGAAACGCGGGGACGCAAGCAGAAGGCAGAAAUCUGUCGGGAGCCCCAGCCAGGACGGCUUCCCGCUCAUCAAACCGGGAGCCCCCGCCCCUGAGGGCCGCGAGGCCGGAGGGCUGAAGACCGCCGCCCCCCUGGUCCGGGACAGCAAUGUGGACGGGACCGCGGACGCAGCGCCCAGCUUGGAGGAGUACGGCAGCCCUUACCGGCGGACGUUCAUGCAGAGCCAGCUCAGCAGCAUGCUGCAGCCCGGGGUCAACAAGUUCUCCCUUCGCAUGUUCGGCAGCCACAAGGGCGUGGCCGCGGAGCAAGAAAGGGUGAAGUCCAUCGGAGUCUGGAUCAUCCACCCCUACAGUGAUUUCAGGUUCUACUGGGACUUGCUAAUGCUUCUCAUAAUGAUGGGGAACCUGAUCAUUCUGCCAGUGGGCAUCACCUUUUUUGAGAAUGAGAACUCCCUCGCCUGGAUCGCCUUCAAUGUGGUGUCCGACACCCUCUUCCUUGCGGACCUGGUGUUCAACUUCCGCACGGGUAUCCUGAAGGAGGACAACGCCGAGAUCAUCCUGGACCCGCUGGUCAUCCGCCAGCAUUACCUGAAGAGCUGGUUCGUGGUGGACUUCAUCUCGUCCAUCCCCGUGGACUACAUCUUCCUGGUGGUGGACCUGGAGGUGCUGAUGGACUCGGAGGUGUACCGCACCGCCCGCGCCCUGCGCAUCGUCCGCUUCACCAAGAUCCUCAGCCUCCUGCGACUGCUGCGCCUCUCCCGCCUCAUUCGCUACAUCCACCAAUGGGAAGAGAUCUUCCACAUGACCUACGACCUGGCCAGCGCGGUGGUGCGCAUCGUCAACCUCAUCGGCAUGAUGCUGCUGCUGUGCCACUGGGACGGGUGCCUGCAGUUCCUGGUGCCCAUGCUGCAGGACUUCCCCGCAGACUGCUGGGUGGCCAAGAACCACAUGGUGAACAACACGUGGAGCGUGCAGUACUCCUACGCCCUGUUCAAGGCAAUGAGCCACAUGCUGUGUAUCGGGUACGGUGCUCAGGCCCCACAGUCGAUGACAGACGUGUGGCUUACCAUGCUCAGCAUGAUCGUAGGCGCCACUUGCUACGCCAUGUUCCUCGGCCACGCCACCACCCUCGUCCAGUCUCUCGACUCCUCCCGUCGACAGUACCAGGAAAAGUAUAAGCAGGUGGAGGAGUACAUGUCAUUCCACAAGCUGCCUUCGGACAUGCGUCAGAAGAUACACGAGUACUAUGAGCACCGCUACCAGGGCAAGAUGUUUGAUGAGGAGAACAUCCUGGGGGAGCUGAGCGACCCGCUCAAAGAGGAGAUUGUGAGCUUCAACUGUCGCAACCUAGUGGCCAACAUGCCGCUCUUCGCCAACGCCGACCCCAACUUUGUGCUGGCGGUGCUGACCAAGCUGCGCUUCGAAGUCUUCCAGCCAGGUGACCUCAUCAUCCGCGAGGGAACUGUGGGAUACAAGAUGUUCUUCAUCCAGCAUGGCUGCGUGAGCGUCAUCACCCACGGCAACAAGGAGACUAGGCUCAGCGAUGGGUCCUACUUUGGGGAGAUAUGCCUGCUGACGAAAGGCCGUCGCACGGCGAGCGUCCGGGCCGACACCUACUGCCGCCUCUUUUCCCUGUCGGUGGACAGCUUCAAUGAGGUUCUGGAGGAGCACCCGCUGAUGAGGCAGGCUUUUGAGGCCGUGGCUGCGGAGCGACUGGAUCGUAUCGGAAAGAGGAACUCUGUCCUGCUACAGCAGCCAUCACAGAGGGCAGCGGGGGCAGGGGCCAGGGUGACAAAUAAUGAUGCAGGUGGAGGCUCUAAGGGGGGAGGAACAGGGGAUGCAGCAGCGCUUGGCUCCUGGGACAGUGUCCUGGCACGGAAGGUUGUCAAACAUGACACCAAGCCAGAUUCUGAAACAGAAUCAGCUCAUGUCACCAAGGUUAUGGGCAAUGGUAACAGUGCCCACCCUGUCACCUACUCCAUGGUUGAGGGUCCUGAUGUCCAAACAACUCUGCAAUCAGCAGCAGCCUCUACGUCUCAACCCGCUGCUCAGCCAGACCAACAGCAGGACCGGGACCAACAUCAGCCCGUUUCUUCACCUAUAUCCUCUGGCCCACUCUCACACCCCCUGCCAGGACCACUGCCCAAAAGAUUCACCCCCAGUCCCUUGUCCUGUUUUUUAGCAGGUAUGGAUGGUGAAAGGGUGUCACUCCCUGGUGAAAUGCAAACCCUGCCUGCUUCUACCACCUCCCACCAGCAGCCGGGCAGAACUCUACCCCAGUACAGCCCAGGCCUCCACACAGAUGACCCAGAAAGUGGAACACGCUGUUCAAUGGGGGUGACAUUCUUCCCGCAAAGCUCAGUCCCACCCCCAGGUGCCAGCAGUGUUGAAUCUGUCCCGCAGAGGGCAAUAGAGCCACGGUUGCACCAUGGAAGCGAUCUCCAUCCUCAGGGAUCUCCAGCUCUGGGUGGACUGACUCAGGAAGCACGGGAGCUGUCUACCUCGCACCCCUUGCUGUCCUACAGAGAUUGGGUACAGUCCCAACCCAGUCCUCAAGUCUACCAGAAGCCCUCUGGAGAGAGCUUACUCUCUGGUUCUUUGCUGGGCCCUUCAUGGCUGUCAGUACAGGGGAGCAGUGAGAAUGUACCACAGUGGCAGUCUCAGGUGUCACAGACCCAGGCUCCACCUCCUCUCAAUCCUUCUGCACCCGAGUCCUCCUCCCAAAAACUUGACCUCUCCUCUCAACCUACUCUGUUCUCCUCUCCAACCCCCACCUCAGAGACUUUGGCCCCUGUGUUUCCACAAACCCAACACUCCAAGCCUUCUCCCCUUCCCUCUUCUCCCCCAUCCACUGCCCAAACUCCACCCAGAUCAAGGGCAUUUCAAGUCCAGAGGCUUUAAGAGAAUCCUGAAAGCUGUUUUCUGGAAAAAACUCACUCUAUGGCUAUGUAUAUAUAAAUGUAAAUGUACAAUAAGGGUGAUAAUGAGUUUCUUCUAUACAUUUCCGAACCUACUGUUCGGUUAUUCACUAUGCUGUAUUAAAUAUCUUCAAUAUGCAUUGUUCAUUAAAAUACAUAUUCAUUUUUGCUGGGAUAGAACAAAACAUUGACAGGUUGUUUUGUAUAGAAAGUACAUUAAUUCAGUAUGAUUCAAUUAAUGUUCUGAAUAUCAAAAACACAAUUUUAUGUUGCAAUCAAGUGAUAAAAUAUAUUGGCAAAAAACUGCAGAUAUAAUAUUGUGAAUGUUGAAAAUGUCAUAUCAAAACUUACAAUAUUGUUUGGACUUCUCUCUGUCCAAGGUGCUUUCUUCAGACUUUUAAAAAAUACAUAGAUUCAUCCCUAUACAAAGCCCUCUGGAUCAUGGAAUUUGUUUUAAGUACUUGUUCUUUGCUGUAUGGCAGUUAUUCUUAUUUAGAUUUGUUAUUCAUAUUUUGUUAUUUAAACUCUAACAGAGUUUAUAUGAGUCCACUAAGGUCAUAAUGAACUCGUAUAAACCCUGUAAGUGUUGAUUUAAUGACGAACAUUAUACUGUGCACCAUUUAAAAUUCUACACAUGACACAAUGCAAAAAUUGUAAUGAUUUAUAUGAUCUGUAUUAACCUUUUUCAAUUUACUGUGCAAAAUAAAUUGCUUGAAAGAACAUUAUCCUAAUCCUAAAGUACAAGAUUUACUACUAUAAUCCUAUGGAUGUAUCUAUCUCAUAAUCUGUCUCUCUCCCUCUCUUGAUCAAUGUAUACUCUUUCUGUAUCUGUCUCCUCCUUGUCAGUCAUAGUUUGUUGCAUCACAAGGUAAAAUUUAUCCAUUCAAGACCAGAAAUAUGAAACGUCCGAUACAAGAAGGAAAGCAUCCUGAAACA